CGGUCCCUCUUGUUUGAGUCCAAUUAAUGAGGCGGCUAAACUCAUUAAUUGGCCACUUAAUUGGCCCCUGUCGCUGCGCGCGCUGCUUCCGCUGGCUUUUAGCGCACCGCCAUCCCUCCCUCCCGCCGCCAGACAUCACAAUCCCACCUUGUCACAACGAUUUAGGGUCAGUCUCCCAGACGGGAAGGUGCUCUCGCCGUGGACCCCCCCUCCACCUCUGGAUCCCCCUCUAUCAGUAUCUCCCUCCCACUCUAUCUCGGUGUUUUAUGUCUGCGUCACAACAAGUCUGUCGAGAGCGAGAGGCAGGGAUGAUGGCGUCUCUGGCGGCUUGAUUCCGGUGCUGCUCUGACAAACCCGCCUUAAUAGCAUCAAUAGGUGGUGGCGGAGAGGAGGGGGGGGGUAAGGGGAGCAAAGGCGACGGGAACAUGACGAAACGGCAUCGUGGAGGACGGACAAACUAGGGCUGAGAGACGGACGGACAGUCAGUCGCCUUUCCCCCCUCCUCCUCCUCCUCCUCCUCGCUGACGGCUUGACUGACACACACAGGCGCUUGGCACAGACAGGGACAUACAUGCACAUCAUCCACUUUUUGCAAACACGCAGGCUGCGCAUCCGAGCGGGCAGUAAUUGGGCAGCGGAGAUCCACAGCAGAUGAGGGCAUUUCAUGUCCAGCCUGCCCAGGAAUCACUGUGACCCCGACGGAAAGGAGUUCGACUUGACAGGAUGGGGGGAGUAAGUGAAGGAGAUGAUGUGUUGGCUCGAUGGAGUGAUGGACUACUGUACCUCGGCAAUGUGAAAAGAGUAGAUGGAGUCAAGCAAUGUUGUCUGGUGAGAUUUGAGGACAACUCCGAGUUCUGGGUUCUGAAAAAGGACAUUCACUCAUUCGCUGCUGGAGUGGAAGAAGUUUGCUGUAUUUGUGACGCUCCGCCUCUUAAAGAACCCCUCAUAAAUUGUCUUAAAUGUCGCCACGGUUAUCAUCCAGAGUGCCACACGCCAACCAUCGAACCGGAAGCUGACAGCGAUUCGUGGAUAUGUCGGCAAUGUGUCUUUGCAGUCGCAACCAAGAGAGGCGGGGCGCUCAAACGGGGACGCUUCGCCCGGCUCAUGCAAUUUAUGAAACUCCGGCUUCCCUACCAGCUGUCGUCUUUAGACUGGGACCCGCAGCAUCUGACCAAUCAACAACAGUGCUACUGCUACUGUGCCGGACCUGGAGAGUGGAACCUGAAGAUGUUACAGUGUGGCAGCUGUGGUCAGUGGUUUCACGAGGCCUGUACGCAGUGUCUAACCAAACCACUGCUGUAUGGAGACAGGUUUUACCAGUUCCAGUGCUCAGUAUGUACAAAAGGACCCGAGACCAUCCAAAGACUUCCCAUGACCUGGAUGGAUUUGGCUCAUUUAGUGCUCUACCAUCUCUCGCUGUGCUGCAAGAGGAAAUACUUUGAUUUUGACCAUGAAAUCCUGUCCUUCACCAAUGAGAAUUGGGACUCGUUGCUCCUAGGCGCGCUUUCUGACACGCCAAGGCAGGACCGCUGUCACAAUCUCCUCAACGCUCUGAACUCCCACAAGGACAGGUUUGUCUCUGGGAAGGAGAUCAAGAAGAAGAAGUGUCUUUUUGGGCUUCAGGUCCGAGCCCCACCUCCGCUGACGUCCGACUCGUCGCCCCUCAUCACCGACCCACCUAUCAACAUCACGCACCGGAGAAGGUCAGACCCGUUGUCACUACCCUGCCAGAGGAGAGUGGGGGGGCCGGAGUCACGUAAAUCAAAGCGUCGCAUCAUGGAGACACAGGCUUGUCCACCCCCAGUCCCUGCCAACUCCAUUGAGCUACUGCCAUGUUGCCAUGGCUACAUGGGAGGGGCCAGCCUUUACAACUCCAGGAAGUCAGAGGAGGAGCUUAGUUUGAGCUCUCCCCCCAAGCGGAUGUACGCCCUGUACCACACCACGUACAACGGAAACACUCCACUCUCCAGGAGUCUCCAUCACUACAACAGCGUGGAGGACACCUGCAGAGUACCGCCUCCUUGCUACCCAUACCCCGUCAACGCCAAUGGCAGCCAUCACCAUCACCACUCCCACCAGCAUCAUCACAACCACCAACACAACCACCAACAUAACCACCAACACCAACACCAGCCGGGGCAGAAGCAGCUGGAGCCCGUCAUCCUACGUGAUAUGCCCCCAUACCAGGCUGGCAUGGGCGGUGGGGGUGGCGUAGGUGGAGGAGGCGGAGGGGGAGGAGGUGGCGGUGGAGGAGGGGGUGUUGUAGUCGGAGGCGGGGACGGGACAGUGGCCAGGAGCUGGGGAGGAGGGGAGGCUGUGAGGAUCUUGGCGAGACGCGUCACGCCGGACGGGAAGGUGCAGUACCUCGUGGAGUGGGAGAACGUGAGUUUGUACUGACACAGAGAGUAAACACGAGACGCAAUGACUGUUUUGCAGUUGCCACAGGAAUACUGUGUAUGUUAUACGUGGCAGUGUUUAAAGUACAAACAAAACAAAAAAAGGAAAAAAGAAACCCUACACGUUGCAAAUCCAGGUUGCUCUCAUAGUAUCACCUCUAUUCUACAUCAUUAUAACUCACUACUCGUUACUAAAUGUCCCUCUUUGCUAGUGUUUCUCUGAUAUUUGUACUGUUAACUUUGGAAUAUGCCUUUGCAUUUAUCAUGUUUAACAGUGAUGAGGGAAGAUACUUAAACCUCCUGAUGAUUUGUGCAUUUUGGGGCCACAUCAAGAAGAGCACGUCUUUAAUUGAACUCAUGUCUUGAUAUACAGCACUGUACAUAAGUGACUGUUGCACGAGAAUAAGAAAAGGAAGAUUACUGCUUCUUCAUCGUUAUUUAAUGUUACUUGUUACGUUUUAAGAUAGUGUUACCUUCAUUCAACUGUAUUUUUUCAUAAAUCAAACUGUAAACCUCCACUGACACAACAUGUUGCUAAUUUAAAGGAAGAGUUUUACAUAUUUGCAAUACGUUUAUUUGCCUUCUCGCCGAGAGUUAGAUUAGAAGAUUGACGGCACUCUCAUAUGAAGAUAAACCAGGGGAUGGUCAGCUAGGCAUAAAGACUGGAGGCCCUCUAAAGCAGACUAAUUAACAGCGGUAGGUUUGUGGUUAUGUGCUGGACAAAACCAUAGGAAGUCACUGUGGCCGGCCGAGAAAUAGUCCUCCAUGUUUUCCCCUGCUUCUAGCCUUUAUGCUAAACAGUCUCCUAAUCUCUUUAAACUGAAAGACUGUUUAUAGAGAUAGACUGAUCACGUUUGAGUAGCAGGUAAGCAGUGCGUAAAGGUCUGUAAAUGGCCGUAAUCUUGACACCAAUCGGCUAUUGUCUCGUGACAAUGUAGUUUUAUAUUAGUUUUUCAAAAAUUAUUCUGGAUUCAUAUGCAGAUAUUGACUAAGGUAUCUGUUUAUAGAAAUUAACAGAUAUAACCGGUGCACAGAAGACAAAAUAUUGGCUUUUGCCCCCUGAAGCUUAUCGUCGACAGAUUUAUAGCCGAUGGGUUCCGAAAUUGACAGUCUCUUGGCUGUGUCUUCAAAUUUAACAGAUUAAUCUCUACGAACAAAUAUAUACAUUUGAAUACAGAAUCUGACGGACAAGAUUUUGGUAGCAGAAGUAUUCCAUUAGUAGUCCGAGUAGUAUUGAUCAAUCGCGUUUGAGCGAACUUUGGUUGUGUGCAGGUAAACAGUCCAUGUGCAGAGCAAAAGAGGUAGAACGCAUUGGCCGGAAUGCAAUCUCAGAACCCAACGACUAUCAUCUAACACUUGCGCUUUUUAAUAGCUUUUGUCUAAUUUAUCUGCAUUGUUAUGCAGAAAUCUGUUGAUAGAGAUUUGCCGAAAUGUUGUCCAGGCCUGUCUCGAGUUGCUGAUCAAACUGUAAACAAUGAGCGGUGCAUGGAACAGAAAGUCUUGGCUACACUGCAACCCCAGAAAUAUUGCUUGUUGCCCCCAGAGGCAAAAUCAUUGUCAGAUCGAUAGCCGAUGGGAUUCGAGAUCAUUGAUGAUCGAUCCUUGAAACCAACUCUCGGCAAGAAAGCGUAUAGGCGUAUUUCCCAAAGUAUGGAAGCAUUUCUUUGGCAAACUGUUUUAAUAACAGGGCAAAAUCUUUUUUUUUUUUUUUUUUAAAAAUUAGAAUAAUGUACAACACAACUUGACUUGUAGCACAAAACACAGCAAACAAAAAACGAGAUAUGAGGCUACAUGUGUAGUCAGACCCUACUUUGCAUAGUCGUUGAAGGCUGAAGGUUCAUCCAUCCAUCCAUUUUCUAACUUCUUAUUCUCUUGGGGGGUUGUGGGGGGGCUGGAGCCUAUCCCAGCUGACAUUGGGCGAGAGGUGGGGUACACCCUGGACAGGUCGCCAGACUAUGGCCAAUUCACCAUUUAACCUAUCCCCUAUCUGCAUGUCUUUGGACUGUGGGAGGAAGUCGGAGUACCUGGAGAAAACCCACACUGACACGGGGAGAACAUGCAGACUCCGCACAGAAGGGCUCACACACCCGAACCAGGAACCCUCUUGCUGUGAGGUGACAGUGCUAACCACAACACCACUGUGCCGCCCCGGCUGAAGGUUCAGCAUAGUUGUAAAUUCAUUUUUAUAUUUAAACCCUAUUAAGUCCAGAAAUCUAGACGUUUAAAUGCCUUGACCCAAAUCGACUAAUCAGAAUUAGUAGGUACUUUAAAUAAGAAGAAAGUUUAAGAUUUACUCCUUUGUUCUUUUUGAAGGUAACGAAAUCGCUUGCAAUAUUUAAAAAACUUUUGCCAGCAGUUGAUAUGGAUAUUCAAGGGAUCAGGAAGCUAAACAGCCCGUAGUUAACAUCACACUUCCAUCAGCCUUCACUUUUAUAAUAGCUCAUUCAUCAACUGAUUGUUAAUGUUCACAUGAAAAUUAGCCCAGAAAAUAAACAGUGAUGAAUGGUCCGUCCUCAGUGAGAGGCAGGAUGACAGCUGGGUGGUGGCUGCUGGCUGCUCAUGAAAAAAAGCAGUAACCUUUUAUUGGCCAGGAUGAGACGGGGUAGUACAGCCGGUCUUGUACAGUAUUUUUGGCCACACAGAUGGUAGUUUAAUGCCUUAAGGGCACUUUGACAGUCGUGGCUGAGCCCCUUUCUUCUGCUCAGACGGCAGCUUGUCUGACUUUGGCUUCAUAAGAUACAAAUCCCUGGAGGUUUUCUUACCUUUUCUCAUCGCUGUAUGUUAAUAAGAGAUUGUAUACAUGUUAUUACGGGGUUACUUAUUUGUUAUGUUAGAUUUUGUCAUACAAUUUACAUUUAGACGACUGUACGUAUUAGAAAUAGGAGCCACCAGAGGGCUUUUGUUUUAUAGAUAGAAUUAUAUAUUCACAAUAUAUUGCUAUGAUCGAAUAACUUUAUUUUAUUUUUUUGAUGUGGUUGCAUAGUGCCUAUAUGGGUUGUGUACCUGCCGAUUGGUCUGCUGACUUCAGUCGACCAAUCAGACGACAGAUAGAUGAACGAGGCCAUGUUGCUACUAAACAAGAGGAUGGCUCUUUAUCAGUUGACAGAUACAAGGAACAGGUAUAAUGUUGAGUAGAGUUUUUUUUAACCAGAACAGGACUGUGAUGUUACUGUACAUUCCAAACAACAAAAAAAGAAGUAUAUAUGUUAUUGAAAUGUCUGUUUGAAGUCAUCAGAAAGGAAAUUAUUUUGAAAGGAUGUUUUUGUUUUCAGUGGGUGUUAAUAGAUGUCAUAAAGAUCAGCUAAAGGUCCAGGUUCAGUUUCAUGUCGCAGGGAGUUCAGUCCUUGCGUUCAAAGUAACAGUACAGGUAAAGAAGACACUGAUAGGCCCGACUCCUAACUCACACCCAUUUCUUCCAGGGUCUAACAGUCUAUUAUUUAAAAGGUACAUAAAGUACGAAUUCAUAAGUCAAGGCCCGACUUCUUCUCAGAUGUGCUUAUAGAGGCGAGUGAGGUGCUGAAGUUGGAUUUUAUCUUCGUGCAAACAGGUUACAUAAAUCUAGAAUACUGUGGUGCAAGUUUCAGAGUUUAUAUUUUAUACAGAGGUUUAUUUCAGCAAUCCGUUCGAUAAAACUUACACAACGUUACACAUUUGUCAGUUUUAUCUUUCAGGAAAGACUGUAUUACAGGUUUAGUUUAAAAAAAAGAGCAAAAGACAAAUACAGCAUUUAUACUGUUAUACUCAAACCAAUGCAAAACUCUCAGAUUUUAUUUACAAACCGACCUCUCUGUUGAAUCGCCCACUUGGAGUGUUAUCACCUGACUGAAUGGACAUUAUCAGUAGCUAUCAGCCUCAUUGACAUGGGUUAGAAGGGACCUGCUACAUCUACUAGUACAGUGGUCUUCAAACCUCUUACACCACGUACCACCUCAGAAAAUACUGGGCUCUCCAAGUGCUACCACUGUGGCCAGUAUAGUAGCGUAGGUCUACCCUGUUUAGCAACAGAACAAAUUUUAUAAGAAGUCUCUCUCUCUUCCUGAUAGUUCGCCAUGAUUGCAUGGUUUUAAAUAAUCCAUUUUAACUCGUGCAAGGCUCGCAUGGAUAUAUGAAGACAACUGAUACAGCGUUGGAGUCAGGGCCACGUUCAUUUGUAUAAAAGUUGCUCAGUGGCACAUGGAGCCAAAAAAGCUUGAUUUCCAGGGUAUGAAAUUACCCAGAUUUUCUGCAGCAUGGAACCCACAGAGCAAAAGCUCUAGAGGGCAAGCGGCUUACUUCCUGUUUAGCCCUCUGCUAACUUAAAUGGAGAUAAAAGGAUGUAAUUGUGCAGCUCCUUUAGACUUUCAAAAUGUUAUCAGACCCAAUACAUCGAAUUGGGAUAGUGAAACAAGUCAUGAGAAAUAAGUACACUAAUUUACAGACAUCUCUUUCACAAUGUAAGUCUAUGGGAAAAAGUCUUUUUGGACCCUGUUGUGUAACGUGACCAACCCAGACGCUGUAAUUCCACUUUUGGCCACUAUUUAAAAUUGACGCUGUUUGUCAGGACUUGUACGUUCAUGAAUGUUGCUACAUAGGAGGCUGAUAACAAAAAAAAUAUUACAGGGAAGGCAAAACUCACUUUAAAUUACACUUCAUGAAUCUUGUAGUUGAAGUGUCCUCACUCAAAUUGUUGUACUUUUAUAGCAUAUUUAGAUUGACUUAAAGCAUUUUGGAUGAUCCUUUGUAUAACACUGGAGGGAGCUUGUGUACCACCAGUACCAUUGUUUGAGAACCAAUGUACUAGAAGGUUCAUAAUGCUGCUAUCAGCCCAUUAAAUGACCAUGUUUAUUGUAAGGCAGCGACCUCCAGUGGCAGUAGUAAUUAUGACAGCAGCAAAGGAGGAAGUCAGGUGAUGUAAUGUUAGUACAAAUGGCAAGAAAGUCCAUUUAGAGAAGAGGCCAUGGUGAUGGUUGGGUCAAACCUAACAAAACUGCUCCCAAUGACAACUGAUAACAGCCAUGUAAUGGGCUGAUAAUAGCAUUUGGAACCUACUAGUAGAUGUAGCAGGCCCCUUCUAACCGAUAUCCAUGAGGCUGAUAAUCACUGAUAACACCGAUUCAGUUGAGUGAUAACACUCAAAAUGGGUGGUUGACUUAUCUUCUGCGUCCAUUUCAGGCCAGUGAAAUUAUGUUGAUUGCAAUUUUCAUCCUCCUCAGUGACUAUUUGACUGUAGUUUAUUAGGAAGGCGUGUGUUGAACCUUUCUAGGCGAUGGUGAUGAAUGUAUUUGUGUGUUUUCUAUGGUAUGUCUAUACCCGUCAAGUGCUCGUUAUAGGUUGUCCUCGAGGUGGAACUCGACCCGAUUCGUUCAAAACAAAAAAGGAGGAAAUAAAGACAUCACCAUGGAGGAACAUCAUUUAUUUUUUUGCGAGAGGUAGUCUUCUUUCUUUUUGAUUAGUAGUCAAGUCCAAGUUCAGUUUGAUGUAUUUUUGGAGAAAUUACGUUUGUACAUGUAUACUCUGCGUUGACACCUAAUAUGUAACAUGAAUAAUAAAACAAGU